AUGAAAGACAUGAUGAGUGAUGAGAAAGGAAAAGAGAGAAAUAGGAAAAGAAAACACGUUGCUGAGGAGGUUGAGAAUGAAUCAAGAGAGAUUGGUAAAUCAAUGUCUUCCAACAGAAGUGAUAUCAACGCAAAACGUGUUAUCCUUCGCAUGGUGAUACGUGUUUCCCUUAGCAUGGCGAAAUAUUUGUUGUUGAAAGAUUCGAAGGAGAAGAACAUGGUGUUUUCGCCAUUGUCACUUCACCUUGUGCUCAGCAUGAUUGCUGCUGGUUCAGAUGGCUCCACACUUGACGAGCUUCUCUUAUUCCUCGGAUCCAAAUCCACUGACCAACUCAACUCCUUCGCCUCUCAGCUCGUCUCCACUAUGCUCUCCGAUGCUUCUUCUGCCGGCGGCCCUCACCUCUGUUUUGCCAACGGUGUGUGGGUUGAACAAUCUCUUCCUGUUCACCAUUCCUUCAAACAAAUCAUGAAUGCUGAUUAUAAGGCCACUUUAGCCUCUGUUGAUUUCUGCACUAAGGCAGAUCAAGUGGCCAAUGAAGUAAAUUCAUGGGUUAAAACAAAGACCAAGGGCCUUAUCAAGGACCUUCUUCCUCGUGAAUCACUUAAUAGCUUAACGAGGCUCAUCCUUGCAAAUGCAUUGUACUUUAAAGGUGCAUGGGAGGAAAAGUUUGAUGCUUCAAUGACUAAAGACGGUAAUUUUCACCUUCUUAAUGGUACCACCGUCAAGGUUCCUUUCAUGGUCAGCAAUGAGAAACAGUUUAUUAGUGAUUUCUAUGGUUACAAAGUCCUUGGUCUCCCUUAUAAGCAAGAUUAUAGGCAGGGUGAAGAUAAGCGUCAGUUCUCCAUGUACUUCUUUCUUCCCGAUGCAAAAGAUGGACUAUCAACUUUGGUUGAGAAUGUGACUUUAGAACCAGCUUUCCUGGAAAGCAAGCUUCCUAAUAAAAAAGUGGAGGUUUAUGACUUCAGAAUUCCCAAAUUCAAAAUCUCUGUUGGGUUUGAAGCUUCUGAUAUUCUUAAGGAGCUAGGAGUGACGUCAUCUUUCUUAGAUGAUGCAAAUUUGGCGAAAAUGAUCGACUCUCCUUCCGCGGAUCAAAACCUAUAUGUUUCCAAGAUAUUUCACAAGUCUUUCAUUGAAAUAAAUGAAGAAGGCACUAAAGCUGCUGCCACAGCUAGUGAUCAAUGGGAGCGAGGCAGCAAUUGUAGACCGACUCCUCGGCCGGUAACCUUUGUUGCUGACCAUCCAUUCUUGUUCGUAAUCAGGGAAGAUUUGACUGGAACAAUUCUAUUUAUAGGGCAGGUGCUCAAUCCAUUUGCCGGGCACAUGGGAGAACAUAUAUAA